GACUCACGCUCCAUCUCUCAGUAAAAAGGGGGUCUCUCUCUCUCUCUCUCUCUCUCUCUCUCUCUCUCUCUCUCUCUCUCUCUCUCAGCUGACGCGGCGCGGAGGGGGGAGAGCAGACACUGACAAAGGUAAGGAUGUUGUUGUUUUUCUAACUUAUCUUCUGAAUCAUUAUUAAUAUUAUUAUUAUGAUUAUUAUAAAUGAUAUUUCCGCAGUGAGGCUCUGUAGUCAGCAGCCCCGUCCUCUUGUUUCUCCGACACAUUGACUCUUUUCCGGAUUCUCUCAUAAAUCCUCCUCAGUCUGUGCGGAAGCGCGUUGUUUUCCAGCCUCUGUGUUUUAUCGACCCCGAGUCUUUGACCCCCACCUCAAUACAGCACAUUAAUAAAUACAUGUUUCUAACCGAGAGCCCCCCAUGGGGAGAGGAACAGCCCGUUCCUGCGGCUCUGCUCCCCGUCAAAGGCUGCAUUGUCCCCGGGUUGGUGUUCGCUGCUGCAGCUCCUCUUCAUGGAGGGAUGAUACCGGCAGCAGAGAGUCUACAGUGGACCUAAGAGUCUACAGACUGUUCAACUGUCAGGUUUCAGUCUGUAAGAAAAUAACAGGAAGAUAAAAUAUUUUACAGCUUUAAUGUGACCUGUAACCUGAACAACACGAUUAAAAACAAACUGAAACCUUUAAGGGGAAAAUAAAAACUAGAAAAGUUAAAAUAACCUGGUUUCAUAAAUCUUCACAUCCUUAAACCAAAACUUUGUCUCAGCAGCUUUAACUUUUAUUUCAGCACUCAGUCUUUUUGGGUCGGAGUCUGUCAGCGUGGAACUUUUGAUGUGGAAAUAUUUGCCCACUCUUCUGUGUAAAUCUGUCAGAUUACUGUGAGGACGUCUCCUGAGCUCAGCCCUCUUCAGAUCACCCCCCCACUAAUGUUCGAUGGGGUUCAGGUCUGGACUCUGGGGGGGCCGUUCCAAAGUCUCAGUCUUAUUCUUCUGUUGGUUUAGACGUGUGUUUUGGGUCAUUGUCGUGCUGAAAGAUGAAGAUGAAGCUCCUCUUCAUCUUCAUCUUUCUAGCAGAAGGUCGAAGGUUUUGUUCCAACACUGACUGGUAUCUGGAACUGUUCAUGAUUCCCUCCACCCUGACUAAGAAAAACAGCCCAGAGCAUGAUGCUGCCACCACCAUGCUUCACUGUAGGUGUGGUCUUCUUCUGGUGAUGUUAGUUUUGAGCCAAAUAUAACUUUGGAAAUGAUGUCCAAGAAGUUGACCUUUGGUUCCAUCAGACCAUGACACAUGUUCCCACGUGUGUUUGGGAGGUUUCAGACGUCUGUUUGCUAAAUUAAUCCGGACUCUGAUGUUGUUCUUUGUAAGAUAAGGUUUCUGUCUUUGCCACCCUACCCCAUAGCCCAGACAUAUGAAGACAGCAGGAGAUCAUUGUCUCAUGUUCUUCACAGCCAGGACUCUCCAGAAACUCCUGCAGCUCCUUCAGUGUCGCUGUCGGCCUCUCGGUCGCCUCCCUGACCAGUUUUCUUCUCGUCUUUUUUUGGACGUCCUGUUCUUGGUCACCGUUGUUCCAUAUUUUCUCCACCUGAUGAUGACGGUCUUCACUGUGGUCCAUGGUUUAUUUGAUUCCUCUGAAGUUCUUCUGUAGCCUCACCUGACUGAGAUCUGUGAAUACUGAGAUCCUCUGGUUCUUUGGAAGCUCUCUGUGGACCACGGCUUGAGCUGAAGAUGUUUCUACAGAAACGUGAGGAAACGCUCCGAGAACAGCUGAACUGUAACGUUGAUCAGAGACUCUUUAACUGGUGACAGGUGUGUUUGAAUGUGAUUGGUUAAAUCUGUUUUUCAAUUGUUGUUCAGGUCAAAGGUCAAAGGUCAAAGGUCACAUUAAAGGAGGAAGAAGUUGUGAAAUUAUUUAUCUUGAUUUAAUUUUCUUGCAUCACUAAAACCUGAGGGUUGAACAGAAGUGUGUCGACCGUUUACUUCCUGUUUACUUCCUGUUUACAUAAGUGAGCAGGAAAAGCUUGACUCUGAUUGGCUGUUGUGACGCACACUUCCUCUAUGUUUGAUCGAGUAAAUAAGCUCUCAGCUGAUCACCGUGAUUAAACUAAAAUUUAUCACGAUCAUUCACUACGAUGAUAUAAUCGCCCAGUCCUCCUCUCAUCUCUGUAAGUGAAGCACUGAAACGAAAUCGUAAUAAUAAAAACCCAAACUGAGGAAACUGAGAUGGAAAUACAGAAAGAAAUUAUUAUACGGAUUAUUUGUACCGUUUUAUGGUUCUGACUGUGUGUCUUAGUAAAAUUAAGGCGUUGCAAUAAAAUGAAUCUGAAUGAGUAUUAACUUUAAAUUUUGAGUCUUUGGUUCCGUCUGUUGCUGCAGGUUCUUGUUUCCUGAGACAUGCAGCUGCUUCAGUCAGAGAAGAAGCUCCAUCACUAACAUGUACUGUUGUUUAUUCUACUGUUACUGACACGGCUAACAGUGUAGUGAGGCUAACAGCAGGUGGCUAACUCUAACGUUAGCUUACACGGUGCUUCAGCGUUAACUGGGCGUGACCGAGGAUUUUCCACGUCUGUGGUCUUCUCUGAACUUCAGAACGAGGAGAUAAUAUGACGACUGCUGCUGUGGGAGAAACGUGGAAGAUUUCAGAGUUUGACUGUAAAUCAGCUCAGAGAGAUGAAGUGGAAUUAAAGCUGAACUGUCGUUUCCACACAGCGCUGACAUUAUAUUUGUCUUCUUCUUCUGGCCGUGUUUUUCCAGCUCUGCAGAAAGGCGUCUGCUGUGAGCACACUGACCGUCAGUGUGUGUCUGCACAUGCAGAGGUGUGUAAAAUAUUUCGACUGGCGCUCGCUCAAAGCGGGCUAACAUAGAGGCUUUGAUAAGUUCAGAGGAGCUCAGUGUGCAGAUGCUGUACCAUAAUCCAUAAGAAGCCAACGAGAGGAGGAGACAGCAGGAUACUUGUGCAGAGUCAAAGUGAGAGCUGUAUGCCGUUCUGAGCGCAGUGGCGUGCAGAUAUUUGACAACCACCUGUGAUUUUAUUGCUCGCAGUGGGAGUCGGGUCGACUGAGAGGGGCCUCGACAGAGUCAGAGACUCGGCUCCUUUUCUGGAGUUUUCAGCUUUUUCUUGUAACUGAGUGAGAAUAAACUUUCUAAUAAAAACAUCUUUUCUUCACGUGUUUCUUCACUGGAUCAGAAAACGUGAUUCAACAACUCUCAGUGUCGCUCCACAUCCCUGUUUUCAUCCUGUAGCAUCAGACAGACUGAACAUGUGGACGACAAGAAUACAUGAUUUUUUUGUCUUUAGGUACUUUUACACUUUGAGAAGAAGUCGGUCAGUUGUCUGUAUUUAUUCAUUGUGUGUAUUCUUGUCAAUGAAAAUCUUUUAGUCACAUUUUUAUGGUGAAUGUUGAAGUUUUUUCAUGAAGUUUCUUUUCGUCUGAUUUUACGUCCGUCUUGAGUCCAGCUUCCAAACCCGGAGCUUCUUCACUGAUGUUGUUGUUGUAGCUGCUCUGUGGUGUCUCUGAAUAAACUCUGUGAGCCGACAUGAACAGGCUGCUGGGUGAACCGUGAUGAAGCUGUCUUAAUCUGAUCAAUAAAUAUAUUGUAAAUCAUCUCAAUCAACCGUGACAGCCCAUUGGCUGAUUUUCUUGAGGAGUGUUGGUCUAAUCCAAUGAAAUCCCUUCAGUCAGCCCCUCCCCCUGCUGGUGGUCAAAUGUUUGAGCUGACAGGAGGAGUGAGCGUAGGUCUGGGCGAUUUGGCGAAAAGAAUGAUCACGAUAUAUUUUGUCGUAUCGUCCGAUCUCGAUUAUUAUCACGAUUUUUUUCAACUGCCUGUUUUAAAGCAUCUGUAAUAAAAACUAAAGAAACUAGAGAUUAGUUCAAGAUUUUAUUAACAUACAAAAUAAAUAACAAAGAAUAAGAUAAACUUAAACUCAACAGAAGAACAAACGUAGAUAAAUACUGAAUAAAACAGUGAACUAGUUUACAGUCCGGAGGGUUUCUGCUGGGAUCCAAGACACAAAAUCUCCCCUCAGAGAUCAUGAAGACGCCCUCAAAGGUAAACGUAGAUGAUAGGAUUGAUUACUUUGGUCUGGUGACUGCACCGCUAGUUGAGGCUAAACUGCUAAUGCUACUCGUACCGUCAGCAGUGACAGACUGUACAGACUCCGCCCACAUUUUCAUGAUUUCCUCAUAAUCACUCAGGAAGAACUUCCUUAAAUAAUCAAACAGAUCUGUUUUGUUGACGGUUAAGUCCAGGAUAGUCGAACAUUUUUGAAGUGAAACCGAAUCUUAUUCUCUGCAUUUUAUUCCUGAAAAUAUCGGCGACAAUCGGCGAGUUUUGGCCGAUUUACCGAUGAGUCUCAAACGGGCUAAAAUUGGCCGAUUUAAUCGUCUGGUCGAUAAAUCGGUGGGUCGGAGUUUUUACUCUCCAGUGUGUCUCUGUGUCCUCCUGUCUUAAAUGUUUUUAAAUCCUGAUCUGUUUGUAAAAAAUGAAAAUGUGUGAUGUGAAGCGUGUUGGUCGUUUCCUCGUCUUUGUCGUCAUCUGCAGACCGGCAGGCGUGGAGCAGAGGUGAGACUGACCCCACAGAUGGACGGUUCAGCACCUGCUCUGCACCAGCGUCAUGAAAAGUCCUAACACACACUCUGCUGUAGCUGCCAUCUUUCUGUCGCCAUGGUGAGAGGUAGAGCUCGUGGACCUUGACUCUGUUGCCAUGGUGACCUUGUAGCAAGAGGAAGCAACAGUCACCAUGGGAACGUCCAGGAUGUUCCGUGUCUUCGUGGUCCUGGGCUCCGCCUUCAUGAUCCUCCUCAUCAUCAUCUACUGGGACGAUGUCGGCGUCUCACACCUCUAUCUGCACACGCCUGUCUCACCAGGACCUAAAGUCCCUCACGUCCCCGUCCCCCCCCAGCCUCAAACCUCCAGGACCCCGUCUUUUCUGUCAGACAUUGAUGCCUUUGUGAACCAGUUUUUAGAGCCAGGGACCGGUGAGCCCACCGACCCCGUUCCCCCGGACACGAGUAACCAAUCAGACAAAGCAGAGGAGCGGUACGUACCGAGGCGCGAGUGGAAGAUCCAUCUGAGUCCAGUGGCAGCAGAACUCCGGGAGAGACAGGUACUUUUCUUUAUUUUAAAACCUCGAAACUCGAGCCAAAGACAGAGGGACAGAAGGACAGAGGGACAGAGGGACAGAGGGACAGAGGGACAGAAGGACAGAGGGACAGAGAGACAGGUACUUUUCUUUAUUUUAAAACCUCUAAACUCGAGCCAAAGAUAGAAACAAACGAGUAAAAAACAUGAAAACGACACGAUUAAAGACAGCAGGACAGAGGGACAGAAGGACAGAGGGACAGAAGGACAGAAGGACAGAUGAUAGAGGGACAGAAGGACAGAGGGACAGAGGGACGGAAGGACAGAAGGACAGAAGGACAGAGGGACAGGGACGUCAGGGUGGAGAGAAAAGGAAACAGAAACUCUCCUGACAGUCUGUGAAAGUCGUAUUUGUCCGUGUGAGCUGUUUUUAUUGGACUAGAGAUGAAAUGAAAAUUUCUCAUCAGGAUCAUUGUGACCAAAAUUAUCAAUAUUAUCACAGAUUUGUUUAAAAAGUUUAAAAAGUACUUAAACACGCCCUAAAAUCAUCAAAGUUUAAUUUAGAAAAAAUCAAAAAUAACCUGCAGAAUAAACUUUUCCUUAAACCUGAAAUAACAGAAGAAGAAGAAACUUAAAGAAUUAAAGAUGGAGCUUUAAAAGAGUCAGAGGUCAAAGAAAUAACAGAGUCAGUGGAAUAAACACGAACAUUAUAACAAAUAAAGUUAAAAUAAAAUAAAGUUCAUUAUUGUGAAAAGAAUCUUCAAAAAGAUCGACUCUUAAAAACCAGAACAACGACUUUAUGAAACAAAACAAACACCUGGAAACUCAAGUUCUUUAAAAUAACAUCAAAUAUGUAAAUAAAUCAGAUGAUCGACUUUGUUCACUACCUCAGAUUAAAGUGUUCAAAUUUCUGCAGAUUUACUUUCUUAGUUUGUGAAACGAUGUUUCGCUGACGCUGAAUAUCCUCUCGGACGGCGCGCUGGUCGCUGCGCCAUGUUUAAAGUUGUAUAUUGAGCGGCGCGCCUGUGUCUGAAGGACUGCUGCGUACGGCGUCUCUCCUCAGCACUGAGCGAGACAGGCUAAUAACGAUAAACUUUGAUGUCUUUGUCUACAGCGGGCACCAAAACAAACGUAAAAGUGCGUACUGGAGCUUUAAAAUCAAAGUUCUCUCACUCAGCAUAAAUCCAGGAUCCACUAAAGAAGGUUCGGAUGUUUUUAUGGCCCCGGUGUCACAAUACUCUGAUGCUGACAAACCCAGCUUUAGCCAGAGACCCCCACAGUGACCCCCACAGUGACCCCCACAGUGACCCCCACAGAGACCCCCACAGUGACCCCCACAGCGACCCCCACAGUGACCCCCACAGUGACCCCCACAGUGAUGAAGAAAACUCGUUGUUUGAACUUUGGAAAAAUGUGAUGAAAUGUAAACGACAUCGAUGGAUGAAACCAUUUGGAACCGGUUCUCGUUCGCGUCCCUUUGGUGGAGAGACUUUAAAAUCAGGUCCUGUGGAUUAUUUUAGAAUGAUUGGAGGUUUUUCUAAAAGCAGACGUUUCUUUCUUUCUUCUUUCUUCUUUCUUUCUUUCUUUCUUUCUUUCUUUCUUUCUUUCUUUCUUUCUUUCUUUCUUUCUUUUCUCUCUUUCUUUCUUUCUUUCUUUCUUUCUUUCUUUCUUUCUUUCUUUCUCUACAUCUGUUCUCUGUAAGUCUAAUGAAACUUUUGGUCUUUUCUCAGGAGCAGCGUCGGAAGCUGCUUCAGGAGAUGUGCAUCAAUGACAGUGUCGUCUUUCCCGGCAAAAAUCGUUCGUUUGACGACAUCCCGAACAAGGAGCUGGACCAUCUCAUCGUGGACGACAGGCACGGUAUUAUCUACUGCUACGUUCCUAAGGUACAGAAACUCAUUUUUAAUCAAAACCCAUUUUUGUUUGAUCUGAUGAACAUGUUGAAUUAUAUCUCAUGUUUCUUAAAUUAGUUUAAGAAAUAAUAAAAGGGAAAUAUUCUGCAUUUGUUGAGACUCUUGACUUCCUCUCCGGUUCCUCUUCAUUAUUUUCUUUAUUGUCUUUAUAUUUGUAUUAAACUGUCAUUAAUUCAGCCUCUGUCUGAAAUAACCCCCAACCAUGAAACAUGAUAUUCAGCUCACGGUCUGAUCAUGUGACGACGAUGUACGGCCAACGGUUCGAUUUGACGCACUUCCAUUAUUUCUGAUUUAAAAGGUGAUUUUGGUGACUUGUCUGUUUCUUUGUAUUGAUUUAAUUCAACUUCAAACUGAAAUCAUUAAUUAUAUUUGACUCUGAGUCGACAGACGCUCGACCAAAUCAAUCAGAGAUGUGGUCAAAGAAAAUCGGUUUCCUGUUUGUGAAACAGUUCGAACUUUAACUUUCACGUCUUUGAGCUGAAAGUGAAGUGCAGGAGUAUUUUGAUGUACAGUCAGAGUUAAAGAGGAAGCGGCGUGUUCUCCACAGUUUCUUUAACGGCCUUUAGUUGAAUAAUUAACAUUUGAGGUCGUCUCUCGAGUCACCACGUACGUCACCGUAGUACCUUGGACUGGGAUGGCGGGUCUCCAUGGCGUUCACCGUCCGCCUAAAGCCUGAGUCCCCCCGCCAAGCCCUCCUGAACUCGAUGGCACCCUGAGGGUGGUGGGAUUACUGAGUGGGUGGGUACGGUCUGUGCCGGUGAUGGAGUUGUUUUUAGUUCUGUGAGGUUAAGUGAGGCAGACGGAGGAUUUUAGCCGCUGUGUUUUCUAGGGACGGGGGGGGGGAUCAGAUUACCGAUUAAUCGGCUGAUUUUUUAAAUUUUUAUGAAGUUAUAAAAAAAAUAUAUCUAUACUGUAGAUAUCUACAGUAUAGAUAUAUAUAAUGUAGAUAUCCUGUAGGCUCCUGCUCUUCACGCCGACAGGAAGUCCGACUGAUCAAACUCUAGAAACGCGUUUCAACGAGGCUGGAGUGAGUCUGCGUUGGUCUGCUUCAUAUGAAGGAGGUCUUGGUUUGUUACUACAUGGAUAAACACUCUGCCGCCCCCUUCAGGUAGCAUGCAGUAACUGGAAGCGCAUCAUGAUCGUCCUCAGUGAGAGCAUGCUGCGGGAUGGCGUCCCCCAGAGAGACCCCCUGGCCAUCCCCCGGGACCUGGUCCACAACAGCAGCAUGCACUUCACCUUCAACAAGUUCUGGAAACGUUACGGCAAGUUUGCGAAGCACCUUAUGAAGGUCAGAGGAACCCACUGUGUGUGGAUUUAUGUGAGAUCAUGGUCACUGAACUUUGGAGUGAGCUCUUUGGUUUUCUAACUCAGCUGUCGUCUCGUUUGCAGGUGAAGCUAAAGAAGUACACCAAGUUCCUCUUCGUUCGGGACCCCUUCGUUCGCCUCAUCUCCGCCUACAGGAAUAAGUUUGAGAUACGUAAUGAUGACUUCUAUCGCCGCUUCGGACAGGUACUGCUGCGCCGCUACGCCAACCAGCCGACACCUCCUGCGUCUGUGGACGAGGCGUUCGGUUUGGGCAUCCAUCCGUCUUUUUCCCACUUCAUCCAGUACCUCCUGGACCCGCAGACAGAGAAGGACACGCCCUUCAACGAGCACUGGCGGCAGGUGUAUCGACUGUGCCACCCGUGCCAGAUUCAGUACGACUUUGUGGGCCAUCUGGAGACGGCAGAGGAGGAUGCCGAGCACCUGCUACGUCAGCUUCGGGUGGAUAAUGUGGUGGAGUUCCCCACCUCCCACAGGAACCUCACAGCCAGCAGCUGGGAGGCCGACUGGUUCAGCACAGUUCCUGUCGAGGCGCGGAGAGAACUGUACAAGCUGUACGAGCCGGACUUCAGGCUCUUCGGCUACAACAAACCGGACUGGAUCCUCAACGAGUGACUCUUCUACAGAGACGAUCACAACACCGCACACAGACACGCACACAGACACGCACACAGACACGCACCGAGAUUUUUAAAGUUACAGCAGAAACACCUCCAUCUGUCCUCCUGUUGUCUUUGUGUCUCAUUCAGAAGGACGCUCUGAGGAGCAGCAGGUGUUUGUAAAGUUCAGUCACAGAGAGGAGGAGAAGAAGGAGAAGAAGAAGGAGAAGAAGAAGAAGAAGGAGAAGGAGAAGAAGAAGAAGAAGAAGAAGAAGAAGAAGAAGAAGAAGCAGCAGUCAUGAGGAAACAGUAGAAGUGUUCGACACACUCUCAGUGUUUUUAGUGUUUUUAUAAAGUCCAAACAGAGUUGAGGAACUUCGUUAAACGUCAGAUUUUCUUCUUCUCUCCAGAUGAUCAAUAAGGUCUGAUCUGAGUGUCCGUUUGUCUCCACACCUGAUCUUUUCUGUUAAACCCAAAGAAGCUGUCAGUGAAGGUUGUGGAGCUGAUGGUUCCAAACAGAAGAAACUGCUGAGUCAUGUUAUCAGUAUGAGGGUCAAAAUUAUCAGUAUUUCUGAUUUGAUUGGAAAAGAUCGGAGUUCAUUUUGAUUCAGGAAGAUUAAAUUAGAGUUUUUAUUUCCUUUAAAACUGUGAAAACUGUCGGAUUAACGUGAAGCUUCACUAAAGUUUAUUUUUAAAAAUUACAGUCAGACUUUAAAACAUUUUAAGGUGGAAUUUAAAGUUCUGAUUCUUUCUCUCUGAAGUUUGGUAUAAAGAACACGUUUUCAAAAAUUCUCAGUAUUUUGUUGAUUAAAGUCAAAAUUUUAUGUUUUCAGUCGUAAUUCAGAUUUUUUGUUUUCCAGAAUUUUAUUUUGUAAAAAAAUGUUUUUUUUCCUCAGAAUUUAAAAAAGUUAUCAUCGUAAAAACCUUUUAAAAUUCUCGUUAAGUAACGUCAAUAUGGCUUCUUUCUUAUUUAACUUAAACGGAUCAUUCUUUGGUCACAAAACGUCUUUAAAAGUUAAAGUUCAGACUUUUUUAGAACCUUUGAGAUAAAAUCAGAAUUCCAAAAAUCGUUUAUUUUCAGAAUAUGAAGAAAAGCUCACUGGUUCUUCUCUGUGGCUGUAAACUUCAUGGAUUUGAAAAUAAAACCUUCGAUAUAAACUCCAAACUUUCGAACCCAGAUUUAACGAGAACGUUUAAAAAGUUCCUGCUUCAUCUGAACACUUGCUGACGUGUGUCCUCGUCUUCAGGAAGCGCAGCAGCCGUCUGUCUGCACCGCCGGGUUGUUUUUUAAGCACAAAAGUGACUCGAUUGUGUUUUAAUUUCAGCUUGAUGAGUUUUCUAACGUACAUCUUUCUAAAAGGAAACGUGACUGAAGUGUUUUUGUGUUGAAUAUUUCUGCAGCAGUUUCCUUGUACACAGUUUUCUGUAGCGGCGAGGAGGAGGAGGGUUUAGUCUGGAGGAGGAGGAUUUAAAGUUCAGGCGUUUCUUCAGGUUUGACUGAAAAUAUUAACCUGAGCAGUUUUCUGAUCACAUCGUCACAUGAGGGUGAAGGUGCGUCGUGCCUUUGGUUGAAAACUUUUACACAGUAAAGACGUAUUUUUUUAGGAGGUCUAAAUUUUGAGCACAGAGAGAGAGAGCGGUCUAAAACCACACCGAGGCGUGUUUGAUCGACUUCUUCUUCAUGUGUGGAGAGAAAACUGCAGAUUUCUCUCUCAGUUCUUGAGAAGUUUCACGUCACCGGUGGAUUUCUGUCGUUUCACAGACAGGAUCUCUGAACUCGCUGUUCCACCUUCUUCUGCGGCUCAUUAAAGAUGUUCGUUUUCACAGACUCCUGUCUCCUCUCUGCCUUCAUGACUUUGAACAAAAACACGUUUAUGUUUUUUCAUUGAAUCAAACUUUUGUCUCUGAUCGUCAAUCAUUGGUUAAAGCAAAAGAGGCCUUAUUAGACUCCUCCCCUUUUUUAUGGCGCCAUUUUACCGUGUUGACCUGAAUAUGAGAGACCGGCUGUGGGUUUUAGACGUGUUCAUGUCGAACUGGAAUAAAUAAACAACGAGCUUCAAUCACUAAUGAUGUUUUUUUGAUGACAGGAGAGGUCAGAGGUCAACUUUGUGUGUCUGUGUGUGUGUCUGUGUGUGUGUGUGUGUGUGUGGGGGGGGUGUCGGUGUUACGAUGAUGGCUGUAAAAUCACUAAAAUGCAGGUGGAGCUGAAGUUAGAGUUAGUGGAGUUUCUUCUGCCCUCUAGUGGUGGAACUGACACAGUGCAGCAUGGGUCAACACUUUAAAGAUCAUGAUGAAAAAAACAAAACUGAAGUAAAAAUACAGAAAACUCAUAAACUUUAUCAAAACAAACACAUUAACCUUUGAAACGGAGGAUCUUUUAGGACAUGAGGGUCAUUUAUGAGACAUCGAAGUCAGAGGUUCAAAAGACUGACGCCUGAAGACUACGGAGGACAAAAAGAGACAGAAUGAAAUAUAUAAAAACAUCUUUAAAUAAAUACUUUAAUAUGUCAUUAAUACAUUAAUUUAAAUAAAUAAAUGUGUCACUAAUUUGUUAAAAUACCAUGUAAUGUAAAAACAUAUAUAAUUAUUUCACAGUUUAAUUCCUUCUGUCAAACUCAGUGGGCGGGGCCUAACCCUCUCCAGAAACUCCAGCAGCUCCUUCAGUGUCGCUGUCGGCCUCUCGGUCGCCUCCCUGACCAGUUUUCUUCUCGUCUUUUUUUGGACGUCCUGUUCUUGUUGUUCCAUAUUUUCUCCACCUGAUGAUGACGGUCUUCACUGUGGUCCAUGGUUUAUUUGAUUCCUCUGAAGUUCUUCUGUAGCCUCACCUGACUGAGAUCUGUGAAUACUGAGAUCCUCUGGUUCUUUGGAAGCUCUCUGUGGACCACGGCUUGAGCUGAAGAUGUUUCUACAGAAACGUGAGGAAAAGCUCCGAGAACAGCUGAACUGUAACAGUUGAUCAGAGACUCUUUAACUGCUGACAGGUGUGUUUGAAUGUGAUUGGUUAAAUCUGAACGCAGCCACACCCCCACAGUUAUUAAAGGGUGAACACACUUCUGUAACCACA